CAUCGCCUCUCUCCCCAUCUCACGGCCACAUGCAUGAGUAGUAGACCGCUUUCGAAGCUUGUCUCGUCUUGUCCCCUCAAUUCCCAGCCUCCGACUUAUUGUUUUGACGAUCUUAUAUGAACUCGACAAUUCAGCAAGGAAGUGGCAAUUCCCCGAUUAUCCUAGGAUUCCCCUGCCAAAGCAAUGGCACAAACGGAGAAAGCUCACGCGAGAGCUGCGUCGACCGAUCAGAGAACGUCGUGGUCCUGGAGGAAGCUAUUUGGCAAGGACGAUAGCAGUCACACAACCACGACUCCUCCGACCCCACCACAAGAAGAGACGCCGCGUCCUGGGCUCGCCCACAGACUUUCGAGAAAGGUGGUACCUGGGUUACCACGGUCUGGGACGUUCAAGAGACAACAAUCGGAGCUUCGAGAUAGAUUGGAACCUGCGAAGCAAGCUCCAGAAGAGAGACGAACGCUCUCUGUCGAUCGACGUCGAAAUGUCUCAGCCCGAAAUUCCUCCACCGUGGUAGCACCGCCGCGAUUGAGUGCCCCCGAGUUCUUGGAUACAUGUGCUGCAAGCAAUGAGGCGGUAGACAGGUCCAACUUGUCAGAUGUCACUACACAAGAUGAGGACGUGAAGGAAGAAUACGUUGAGGUCUCGAAAGAACCUUCGAAUGUGGAUACACAGUCAAUCUCGACCCAAGCCUUUGACGAGAUGAUACUGGAGGAGCUGGAACGCCGGUGGAUUCUGAACCUCAGCAUGCAUUUCCGGGACAAGUCCAAGCGGGAAAAGUUCUUUGUGACUUUUGCAGAAACCCCGACUCACUGGAGACGUGUGACCAUAUCUCUGGAUUACAGGAAUGCACCCGAGGGAUCUCUGGAAGAGGAGCUUCAGCGGACACGAUUCCAACGGGACAAGAGUGCCAGGAUAUACGAAGCUAUCCGUGAAUCACUGCCGGACAUUCAAUUCUAUGACACAGUCACGAAUCUGAAGCUGCAGACCGAGAACGAGAGGUUGCAUGUUCACGUGGUUGAGGAUCUUUCAGAAAUCAUUUCAUAUCCUCCGAUCAAAGCUAUCGCUCACUUGAAUUGUCGGAAAAUCCGAGAAGACGAGCUGGUUUUCGAUUCACAUCUAUCCGGAUUCGUGUAUAAAGUCAGAAAUGAAGGCCAAGUUUUCAUCAAGAAAGAGAUCCCUGGACCUGAUACGGUGGAUGAAUUCCUAUAUGAGAUAAAUGCCCUACAUCAAUUGUCUGGUUCUGCAAGUGUAAUCCAAUUCGGCGGAGUCGUGCUCGACAACCAAGGAGAGGUGGUGAAAGGUCUCCUGAUCAGCUUCGCCGAACAAGGUGCAUUGAUAGAUGUAAUCUACGAUGGCGAAGGGAGGAUACCUUGGAAGCGAAGAGAACGAUGGGCCAAACAGAUUGUACAGGGUCUCUCAGAGAUUCAUGAGGCCGGCUUCGUUCAAGGUGAUUUCACUCUUUCGAAUAUCGUCAUUGAUGCAGAUGAUAAUGCCAAGAUCAUUGAUAUCAAUCGCCGAGGAUGUCCAGUUGGUUGGGAACCGCCUGAAGUUGCAGCAUUGAUUGAUAGCAAUCAGCGUAUUUCGAUGUAUAUUGGCGUCAAGUCCGACCUGUAUCAACUAGGGAUGGUUCUAUACGCCCUAGCUACUCAACAGGAUGAACCAGAGAACCAUCGGCCAUUGAAUCUGUCUUGCUUUACAACAGAGAUUCCGGACUACUACCUGGAUUUAUGCCACCGGUGCUUGAACGAUGAUCCAAGAUGUCGAUCACAGGCUUCAGCUCUUCUGACUUUAUUCCCAGCCGCUCAAGAUGGAUACAAGAACGGUUAUGGAAUACCUAUUGUCGUGGAUGCUUACCAUACCGGAGAGAUCGCUUUUUCCAAUGGUGCCAAAUAUGAUACCUACAACCCUCUGGCUCCACAAUAUCCCCAAUCUCCAGUCUCCGAAGCUCCCAAUGUGUACGAUUAUGCAGUUACUGAUACAUCAACUGAGCCUGAUUAUCCAAGUCGUGGAAGAUCUCCGCCGCGGGUCGAGAAGAAAGUAAAGCCUCACAAAGUUCCACUGCCAAAUUCGCCGUCGGAAUACCUGGAUGCACAUACAGGCCAGACACCAUUUCCAACCUGGAGCUACAGAGAUUCCACAGCCAGAAGGAAUUUUACUAGAUUCCCUAGCAGCUGAAACCCCAGACACAAAAGCCCAAGACGAAGAUAAAACACCAACCAUGAACUUCCCCAACGGACCAUCCUCGGAGCAGCAAGAAUACCCCUUCAAUACCAACCCAGCCCCUCUCCCCGAAGUCACAGAACAUAUACCCCACCAGCAAGCUAUGGAAAAACAGGACAUAGCACCACCAAUA